AUGGAGGGUGAGGAAGGAAACAACCUGGUCAAUAACAAUAGCCUGGAAAACAAUUCCAACUAUUGUCUCAACAAUAUCCAUCCCUUAACAUCGAUUAAGAACUAUUAUCUUGGGCAAACUCGAGAUGGUUUAGAAGGCAGCUCUCAACCAUCAUCCACUUCUUCAAGGAAUUUUCAAUCAGUUGUAUCAAAUGCUAGUCAUGAUCGAGUUGAUCUUAGUGGUGGUGUUCAGAUUGGAGCAGUCUCUAAAUCAAUGAAUACUCCAUCGAAUAAUCUAACCCUUAUAUCUAAUUCUUCUGAAAUGAUUUUAGAUUUUAAUGGCGACAGUAAAAGAAAGAACAUAGUGAAGGGUCAGUGGACUCCAGAAGAAGAUCGAAAAUUACUUGAGCUGGUGCAACAAUAUGGGUGUGUGAAAUGGACUGCCAUGGCUGAGCAUAUGGAAGCAAGAACUGGGAAACAGUGUAGAGAGAGAUGGCAUAAUCACUUGCGUCCUGAUAUUAAGAAAACCCUGAUUUGGAGUGAAGAGGAAGAGAGACUAUUAGUCCAUCUCCAUAAGAACAUUGGUAACAGAUGGUCGGAGAUCGCAUCAAAUAUGCCAGGAAGAACUGAGAAUGCUGUCAAGAACCAUUGGAACGUCACAAUACGCAAGCAAAAAUCGAAGCGCCGAUUCACUGGCGUGUCUCCAUCAACUGUGUUGGAAGACUACAUCAAAGCUCUAUAUUUCGGCAUCGAUUCCACACCGGCAACAACUUCUGAGCCCAACGAUCAUCAACCAACACAAUUGACAAAAACCAAUGAUACUUUGAUUCGGGCAGCUGUGGAUGCAUCGUUCAAUAGAUCUUAUGAUGAUGAGGAUGCAGUUGACUCAGUGCAAUACAACUUUCUGGGGAUGUUGGAAGAUGAAAUGAACUUCUUGGAAAAGCUCUUCGGGGACACGAAGAAAGCGAAAGAUAAUUCGAAAACUUCUCCUACAUCCGAGAAUGAUUGUACAACCUCAAACACCCCAGAGAAUAUAUGA